UCCCUCCAUUGAAAAACACUAUUAUCACCGUGCACCGCCAUGCUCCGCCACCGCUUUCUCCUCGUAGUGAAUUCGGCACAGGGUCACAUAAACCCUGCCUUUCAGUUUGCAAAACGACUUGCUAGUUUAGGCGCACAUGUCACCCUCUCCACCACCCUCAACAUUCACCGUCGCAUAACCAACAAACCCACCCUCCAUACCCUUUCCUUUCUCCCCUUCUCCGACGGCUACGACGAGGGUUUCACCGCCACCGGCGUUGACGAUUAUUCCGUCUACGCGGCGGAGCUCAAGCGCUUGGGCUCCGAGUUUGUGACCAACCUCAUAGCCUCGAGCGCGGAGGAGGGGAACCCUUUCACUUGUGUAGUAUACACCCCUCUUCUUCCUUGGGCUGCUGAGGUGGCGCGUGGUUUUCACCUCCCGACAGCGUUGUUGUUGGUUCAACCAGCCACGGUGAUGGAUAUUUUCUACUAUUACUUUCACGGAUACGGAGAUUACAUCAAUGGCAAAACAAAAGAGCCUUCGGGUUUGAUAGAAUUACCGGGGUUGCCAUUGAUGCUAGCACCCCGUGACGUACCUUCGUAUUUAGUGGGCUCAAACCCAAGUGCUUACUCUUCGAUGGUUUCGUUGUUUGAAGAGCAGUUUCGUGUGCUUGACGAAGAAACAAACCCAACAAUACUUGUUAACACCUUUGAAGCAUUAGAACCAGAGGCCUUGAGGGCCGUUGAUAAGUUCAACAUGAUCUCCAUCGGGCCAUUGAUUCCCUCGGCUCUUUUGGAUGGGAAGGAUCACUGUGACACUUCAUUUGGUGCUGACAUUUUUCUUCCCUCAAAUGGUUACGUGGAGUGGUUGGACUCGAAGGCAGAGAAAACGGUGGUUUAUGUCUCAUUUGGUAGUUGGUGUGUGUUGUCUAAGGUGCAAAUGGAGGAAAUUGCACGAGCGUUAUUGGAUUGUGGGUGUCUAUUUUUGUGGGUCAUUAGAGAAAAAGAGAAAGAGGAGGAGCUGAGUUGUAGAGAGGAGUUGGGGAAGAGGGGGAAGAUAGUGAAAUGGUGUUCUCAAUUGGAGGUUUUGUCACAUCCUUCAUUGGGUUGUUUUGUGACGCAUUGUGGGUGGAAUUCGACCAUGGAAAGCUUGGUUUGUGGGGUGCCUGUGGUAGCAUUUCCUCAGUGGGCAGAUCAGAAGACUAAUGCAAAGCUAGUAGAAGAUGUGUGGAAGAUAGGGGUGAGGGUGGAUCAUCGAGUGAACGAGGAAAGGUUAGUACAGAGAGAUGAAAUUAGGAGGUGUUUGGAAGCGGUGAUGGGGAGUGGAGAGAAAGGAGAGGAAUUAAGAAGGAAUGCCAUAAAAUGGAAGGGUUUGGCUAGGGAGGCUGUGGAGGAAAGUGGCUCUUCGGAAAAAAAUCUCAGGGCUUUUCUGAGUGUUGCUGGAGCGUAGUUUAUAUCAGUAUAAAUAUGUGUACUACUGAAAAAUGAAUUGGUCUCUUGUAACACGUAUGCAUAU